UUGAAUUUCUUUUUGUAGGUAUGGCCCACGUAAUGCCAUGGCUUCUUUCGAUGUCUCUUCUUGGUUUUCAACAAUUUGCAGCUCAUCCUAGUAUUGCACCAAUUUCACGAGAACUCGAGGCACCUAUUUUUCCUCUUAGCGACUCGUCAGCAGGUAAUCUGAUAUCGCACGAAGAAUUAUCCAGUCCAAUUUCGUGUAAUUCUCAUGGAAAUUCAUUGGAAACUAAAUUAACAGGGUCAACCGAAAAAAGUAAUAUUCUUUACGGUUCUACCCCGAUUGCGGCAGGUGGAUUUUUCAAAUCGCAUAAUCAUGAUAACCCGUUAGCCAUUAGCGGUGAUGUCUUUAGAAACGAAGCUCAUUCGAUAAAUCAAUUGGAAUUUCAUGGAUUUAAUUAUGAUCGAAACAACGAGCCAGUCGAAGACGAAUAUGUUGGACCAGCGAUGAGUCUGGUUUACGCUUGGUCCACUGUAGACUUUGAAUUCGACAGUAUCGAGGAACGAGAUCAAGCCAUAUUUGAUGGUGAUUACAUAGCUGAAAAUAAUUUACCUUUAGGAUUAGACAUUUAUCAAAACAAAGUAUUCAUAACUCUUCCAAAAUGGAAGGAAGGAAUACCAGUUACAUUAGCAACCGUUCCAAGAUAUUCCAAAACAAAGAGUCCAAAAUUGAAACCAUAUCCUAAUUGGGAUUGGAAUAAAUCUGGUAACUGUGAUGAUCUCACGUCAGUGUUUAGGUUGCAAGUAGACGAAUGUGAUCGUCUUUGGGUUUUGGAUUCUGGGGUGACAAAUAUUUCGAAAAAACCAACGCAGACUUGUCCACCAGCUCUCUUCAUUUUCGAUCUUCGAACUGAUACGUUGAUCAGGAAAUAUACUUUACCACAGGAACAAGUCAAACAGGACUCUUUGUUUACGAAUAUAGUGGUCGAUGUAAGAGAUGGAGAUUGUGGUGGAGCAAUAGCAUAUCUUUCGGACGUUUGGAGAUUCGGUAUUGUCGUGUAUGACUUAUACAAAGAUUUAUCAUUCAGAUUCGAACAUCAUUUCUUUUAUCCUGAUCCUUUGGCAUCCAAGUAUGAGCUCCAUGGAAUUAAAUUUCAAUGGACUGAUGGAAUAUUUGGUAUUGCACUCAGUCCUAUCGAUAUUCACAACGAUAGAACCCUGUUCUUUCAUCCCAUGUCGAGUUUCAGAGAAUUCGCAGUCUCCACGUCUGUCCUUAGAGACAAGAGAAUGAUCGAUCAUAAUACUGAUAAAUUCAUACCGAUUGGAAGGCCAAGAGCCAAGGAUUAUGGGCAUUCAUCUGGUUCCGUUGUUGACAGAAAUGGUGUAAUGUUCUUUAACAUGGUUACUCGUGACUCCGUAUGGUGUUGGGACACCAGAAAAGAAUAUAUACCUCAGAAUUUAGGUGUUAUAGGUACCAGUAACACCUCGUUGGUAUUUCCUAACGAUAUUAAGGUCGAUCAUGAAGAAAAUCAAAGCGUUUGGAUGAUCUCCAAUAGAUUGCCAAUGUAUCUUUAUGAAAAUUUAGAUAGCAGCAAGAUAAAUUUCAGAAUCUUCAAGGCAUAUGUUAUGGAUGCGGUUAAAGACACUAUCUGUGAUCCUGAUCACGUGGUACCUGAUUAUGGUCAGGGAUAUGACGAAAUUUGUUGA